UGCAAAACAAAAAUGCUCACAGAAUUAUUCUCCCGUUCCGCUUAAGCGAGUUUGGGCAAAUCAGAAAAAAAGAGUUAGGUGGGUUUCCGAGCCAAGGAAAGUUCGACCACCGCAAAGUAGGAGCCCGCAAGAGCCCACAAGGCCCAUCCUCUCACACACAAUCAACUGCAACCGCACUUCACCAAUUCUAAACCUUCUAAACCCAACCUUACCCUUAACCUCAUCCACCUCAUCAACGCCGCAGAUUUUGACGAGAUAUUUAUACAUAAGGAUAUGACCUGCUAGGCCAUAUCCUUUUCCCCCUCGUUGCAUAUUCUCCAUUGAUCCGACUGUCGUUUCCACAGCUCCGCCUUGCUGAAAGGCGAUUCAAUUGGCGACACCAUGUCGACGGUCGCCUCCAAGAACCUUUUCGCCCUCCUCGGUAACGACGUGGAGGGAGAUGAAGUGCCAUCAGGCCCUGUGAAGACGGUCGACAAGACCACGAUGCGCAGCACCAAGCGCAACGCCGAGCCCCAAGGCCCCGCCGCGAAGCCAGCUACCAACACCGGAGCUCGUCGUGCUGGUCCUGGAGGCAACGAGGGAGCCUACCGCGACCGCAAUGCUGGUGCUGCCAACAACUACCGUAAGUCUACGGACGAAGCCCCACGAGGCGGUUCCCGAGGUGGUCGUGAUGCCCGUGUGAGAGGAGGUCGCGGCGGCCGAUUCCCUCGUGAUCGUGACGACCGACAUACCAAGGGUGCUGCAACUGGCUCCGAUAAGCAGGCCGCCCAAUCAUGGGGUGCCACAGAAGGCAAUGCCGAGCAGAAGGACGAGCAGGCUGGAGAGGAGAUCGCUCAGUCAGAACUGAAGGAAUCUACAGCCGAGGAUGCUCAAGAGGCUCCCGCUACUCCAGCUGAGCCCGAGGACAAGCACGUCUCCUAUGCCGACUACCUCGCGCAACAAGCCGAGAAGAAGCUCGCUCUUGGCGAAUCUCUUGAAAUCCGCAAGCCUAACGAGGGCAGCAAGGCUGAUAAGAAGUGGGCCAACGCCAAGGCUCUCACCAAGGAAGAAGACGAUGACUUCAUCUCUGGCACCGCCGGUAAGGUCAAGCGCGAGCGUGAGCGCAAGGCCAAGCAGCUUGUCGAGAUUGACCAGCGAUACGUUGAACCCGAGCGUACCCGAGGCGGACGCGGCGGACGUGGAGGCACCCGUGGUGGUGCACCCAGGGGUGAGGGCCGUGGCCGCGGUGGACGAGGCCGAGGCGAAUCUCGUGGUGACUUCCGUGGUGGACGUGGCGGCGGCCGCGAGAACAACUCCUCGUUCGCCCUGAGCUCGGACGCCUUCCCCAGCCUGGGUGCUUAAAAGCACAGAAUGCUUCCUAAGACCUGCAGUAGAGAGUACACCAUGUCUAUUAUGCAGCUUAGGUUUUCGGUGAUUUGGUAUUCUCAGGGAAUCCAGUAUAGCCAAUGGGGCUUACCAGUCGGGAAAACCUUCUGGCUAUGAAUAUCCUGAGGAUCGUAUGAUUUUCUCGUUAUUCCGAAUCAACAAAAGUUUCUUUCAUAUUCAAGCAUGGUGUGCAAAAUGGCUGGCCGCUAGGAGCAGGUGUAAGGGUCUCCAUGGCGGCUAUAUCAAUGGCUUGUAUUUGGUAAAGGUCUCGGCCGCUUCGCGAUUGCUAGUAAUUUCUUCCUUAAUUCCACCUUUCCUGUGAUUGUCUACCGUGAUCCUUGAACCCCCAGGUUUCUUUUUACAAUUUGUCUUCAAGCUGAGUUAUCAACAGGGACAUUGUAUUUAUACUAUCAUGGCUUUCAGGUAAUGUUCGUCCAACCCCUAUCUUUGUUUGUCCAUGGAUUAUCCUGUAUAAUGUUGUUGUUUUGUUAUUUCAACUACUAUUGUGUUUCACAACUACGCAUUUCUUUAUCAACAGAUCUCGUUUUAUUUUGUAUAAAAUACCUACUCUAUGCUACAUUCUCAACCGG